CGGGCAUCGGGGCGUCGGGGCCGUUGGAGGCGCUGGAGCCGCGGCCGCUGCGGGCGCCGGGACAGAUGUGUUUGGGGACGGAAAACAUGGACGAUUUCUUUUCAUCAGAGAGUCUUCUAUGAGAAGAGCCCAGCAGCGGCAGGUGGUUUGAGCGUCCUUCCCUCCCCUGGAACAGUAUGGCAGGUUUCAAGAGAGGGUAUGAUGGGAAAAUCGCUGGUUUGUAUGACCUGGAUAAGACCUUGGGCAGAGGCCACUUUGCUGUGGUCAAACUUGCCAGGCACGUUUUUACAGGGGAAAAAGUGGCGGUGAAGGUCAUUGACAAGACCAAACUGGACACUCUGGCCACCGGUCACCUCUUCCAAGAAGUCCGCUGCAUGAAGCUUGUGCAGCACCCCAACAUCGUGCGCCUUUAUGAGGUCAUUGACACUCAGACCAAGCUUUACCUUAUCCUCGAGCUUGGAGAUGGAGGAGACAUGUUUGACUACAUCAUGAAACACGAGGAGGGUCUCAACGAAGACCUCGCCAAGAAGUACUUUGCUCAGAUAGUUCAUGCUAUAUCUUACUGCCAUAAACUCCAUGUAGUCCACAGAGACUUGAAGCCUGAGAACGUGGUCUUUUUUGAAAAACAAGGACUUGUGAAGCUGACAGACUUUGGCUUUAGCAACAAAUUUCAGCCUGGAAAGAAGCUCACCACAAGUUGUGGGUCUCUUGCAUACUCUGCUCCUGAAAUUCUGCUCGGGGAUGAGUACGAUGCUCCUGCUGUAGAUAUAUGGAGCUUGGGAGUCAUUCUUUUCAUGUUGGUGUGUGGGCAGCCACCCUUUCAAGAAGCAAAUGACAGUGAAACCUUGACAAUGAUCAUGGACUGCAAAUAUACAGUACCCUCACACGUUUCCAAAGAAUGUAAAGACCUGAUUACUCGGAUGCUACAGAGGGACCCAAAGCGGAGAGCCUCCUUGGAGGAGAUCGAGACGCACCCCUGGCUCCAAGGGGUCGACCCGUCCCCGGCCACCAAGUACAACAUCCCCCUGGUUUCGUACAAAAACCUUUCCGAGGAGGAGCACAACAGCAUCAUUCAGCGCAUGGUUCUUGGCGACAUAGCUGACCGAGAGAGCAUUGUGGAGGCCCUGGAGACCAACAAGUACAAUCACAUCACGGCCACCUACUUCCUCCUGGCCGAGAGGAUCCUGAGAGAAAAACAAGAGAAGGAGAUACAGACGAGGUCGGCGAGCCCCAGUAACAUCAAAGCCCAGUUCAGGCAGUCAUGGCCCACGAAAAUUGAUGUCCCCCAGGACCUUGAAGAUGACCUCACAGCGUCUCCCCUGUCCCACGCCCCCGUCCCUCAGUCCCCAGCACGCACGGCCGAGAACGUCCUCAAUGGCCACAGGAACAAAGCCCUUGGGGACGCGGUGGCAAAGAAGGACGACCUCCCGGAGCUGGCGGGGCCCACGCUGUCCGUGGUUCCGUCUGUGAGCCUCAAGCCCACCACGAGUGGGCGUAAGUGUCUGUUCCGUGUGGAAGAAGAUGAGGAAGAGGAUGAAGAGGACAAGAAGCCCCCAUCCCUUUCCACUCAGGUGGUCCUGCGUCGGAAGCCGUCUGUCACCAACCGCCUCACGUCCCGCAAGAGCGCACCGGUGCUGAACCAGAUCUUUGAGGAGGGUGAGUCAGAUGAUGAGUUUGACAUGGAUGAGAACCUGCCGCCCAAGCUGAGCAGGCUGAAGAUGAACAUAGCAUCCCCGGGCACCGUGCACAAGCGCUACCACCGCCGGAAGAGCCAGGGCCGUGGCUCGAGCUGCAGCAGCUCAGAGACAAGCGACGAUGACUCUGAGAGCCGCCGGCGGCUGGACAAGGACAGCGGCUUCACCUACUCAUGGCACCGCCGGGACAGCAGCGAAGGGCCGCCGGGCAGCCAGGGUGACGGUGGUGGCCAGAGCAGGCCAGCCAACGGCAACCGCGGCCUGGACAAGGCCAGCCCCGAUGGGGGCGGCCAGGGUGGGGGCAGCCCCUCGGGCAGCGCGGGGGGCGGUGGCACCAGCCCCUCAGGAACCACACGCAGGUGUGCAGGCCCCGGGGAGCUAGUGGAGAGCCUCAAGCUCAUGAGCCUGUGCCUGGGCGCACAGAUCCGUGGCAGUGCUGGCUGCAUCCUUGACCCCCAGAGCGCCUGGGCCUUUUCCAGCGUGAGAGUCCAAGAGAAAUCUGCCUGGAGAAUGUGCGUGGGCACAGCCGGCCCAGCCCCCACCGGACCCCGCGUCAAAUUGUUCUCUGAUCGCAUGGUGGGCCCAGCUGAGGGGCUGGACAGGGUUAAGAGCAAGAACUUAAAAAACAGUGUAUUACAACUACCUCUGUGUGAAAAAACCAUCUCAGUUAACAUUCAGCGUGGCCCCAAGGAGGGCCUGCUGUGCGCCUCCAGCCCCGCCAGCUGCUGCCAGGUCAUCUGAAGGGGGCUUCUCCCACUCUGCGCUGGCUCUGUGACCACUCCCUCUCUCCUUCCUUCUCUCCUUUCUUCCUUUCUCUUUCCCUCCUUUUUUCUUUUCUUUUUCUCUUUCCCUUCCUUUUUCUCUCCUUCCUUCUCUUCCCCUGUCCCUCCUCUCCUUUUCUCCUCCCCUCUUCCUUCCUUCCCUCCCUCCUUCCUUCCUUCCUUCCUUCCUUCUUCCUUCCCUCCCUCCCUCCCCCCUUGCUGUUCAGAGCUGUGAACGACCCCAUCUUCUCUCACUGUACCCCUGUGGUUGUCUCAGUCCUUUGCCAUGGGCUUCUGAGCAGUCAUUUUCCCAUUUCCGUUUGUGUGCUCGGUGAGAUGACAAUGCAUGGUCUUUGUGCAUGCUGCUAGCCGCGACACUUUUUUUUUUUCCCGCUGAAUAGUCUUAUUUCAUGGUGUAAUUUCUACAUUUAUAAUUUUAAUAUGGAAGGUCCAGAUUAAACUAAAAUGUGUAUCUGGAGCCUACCUGUAAAUGGAGCACUUAGAAAUUUCCUGUUCUGCACUUAUAAUCUAGAGAGAAAAAUGCUUUUGUUUCUUCGUGAAAAUGUUCCUUCCUGUUCUGACCUUCUGUGAUAUCAGAACUAUGGGCUACGUGGCCUACGCUCCUUUGUGUCUGAACUAGAACCAAAGCAAUAAUGUUGGGAUGCUGAGAACUUGGAGGGAUAAGAGCUCCGGAGGCCUGGUGGUGGCCUUCCCAGUUGCAGAGGGAGACCCACCCACACCCGUUGUCUUAAGCUCCGGCCUGCAUCCAGUCUGGACUCUGAAGCCGGAAAGAUGACCUGGGCUUCCUGGGAGCUGAGACUGAGCUCUCCCCUAGUCGUGUGUUACUAUUGUAGGCAGACAAUCUUAUUUUUUAAUAUGAUGACAAUAAUCAAUGACGUCUUAACUGCAGGUAGAGAUUCAUCCCUGGCAGAACAGAAAUCCAUAAACUGUGUGAAUUCGAGCCUCUACCAGGGUUCCCUUAAGAUGAUGUAGAUACUUGUGGUCACUAGGCCCAUAGAAUGCCGCUUCAACAAGAAAUGACGGGUUUAAACAGGGGUACAUGUUUAUGUUGGAACAUUAGGACAGAAUUAUAUUUUUUUAAAUCCCUCACUGGCUCUUUGCAGGAGUUUGAAAAUAGUAUUGUCUUCUCUUCCGUUUCUUCUGUUCCUCCAUGUUCUUGACUUUAGUCCUCCACAAAAGUAGUCUGGUUGGAACAGCUAAACCAACAUGGCGUGUGUGU